CCUACCAGUCCACCUUCGCAGCCCAUCAUCCCCGAUCCCCAUCCCCAGUCGUGCUCGCUUGCUACCUUGCUUGCUUGCUUGUACAAUGAUCUCCUCCCUCGUAUGGGUACGCAAGGGUUCAGCUGCCCGGCAGCCCCGAAGGUUCAACAUCACCGACGAAGCUGAGCUGGAACGUGUUCAGAAGCUCACAUCCCUCGAAUUUGGAGAUGCACAGAGCCAGCUUGAAGAGGCAAAGAAGGAGGCGUUGCUGAUGGGACAGCAGCAGGGAGAGGACGGAGAUGAAGUUGCAGAUGGAGAGGAAGAGGUAAACGAAUCGCAUUGGGUGGAUACUAAGAAUCAAGAUCAGAGCAUGGACGAGGAUGGUGAUACAACACCUGCACCUCCCACUCAUGAAGCGGACGAUCUGGCAAAGUACAAUCUGGAUACAUAUGACGAAGAGGAAUCGAAGGGCAUGGCCAUGGGGGCUUUUUCCAACAUCAGGGGUCUACAAUUCUACAAGUCAAACGACGAGGAUCCCUACAUCACUCUGAAAGAUGACGCAGAGGACGAGAAUGAGGAGAGGGAAGCACUGGAAGUUCUACCGACGGACAAUCUCGUCAUCUCGGCAAAGACGGAGGACGAGGUAUCCAUGAUCGAGGCAUACGUUUAUGCCAAUGCGGAAGCAGACGAGACAGAAGCCUCCGGCAGCGCUUCUCUCUAUGUCCAUCACGAUCUCCUCUUGCCCUCGUUUCCCCUCUGCCUAGAGUGGGUGGGCCAGUGCGGGUCCUCUGCCCCUUCCUCGGCCAAGACGGGCAACUACUUGGCAGUCUCUACGAUGGAGCCAGAGGUAGAAGUCUGGGACAUGGACGUCAUCGAUGCGCUCGUCCCCGAUGUCGUGCUGGGUGAUCGAGCUGCGAGCAAAGACUGGGAGAAGCAAGCAAAGAAGAAGGGUACGGGCAAGAAGAAGAAGAGGAUAGCUGCCACUAGGCCCAUCUCGCCGCUUCACCACACCGAUGCAGUCCUUUCAAUCUCGUGGAACACUUUUGCUCCCAAUCUCCUCGUCACUUCCUCGGCGGAUACCACCAUCAAGCUCUGGGACCUGAAUACCGCACCUGCUGAACAUGGUGGACUGAAUGCCAUCCGAUCCUUCGAAGUGCAUCAGGACAAGGUACAGUCGGUAGCCUGGAACACCUCUGGUACGGCUGUACCGGAAGCUGUCGAGUCGGAUAGCAACCCACGCAGUGUACUAGCAUCGGGCGGCUACGACGGUUUUGUGAAGGUCUGGGACGUGCGGACGCCCGACAAGGUGACGAGCAUCAAGGUUUCAGGCGAAGUGGAGAAGCUGAAGUGGAACCCUUGGAAGGCCGGUCAGCUCCUCGUCGCCCUCGACACUGGACUCGUACAGGCCUACAACGUCUUCGACCCCUCCAAGGCCACCUCGCCCAUCUGGACUCUAUCUGCGCACCAGACGGCCUGUACCUCGCUAGACGUCUCUGUGCAAAUCCAAGGCUGUCUCCUCACUGCCGGUCUGGACCGAACGGUGAAGCUGUGGAACAUCGAAGAGGACUCUUCCACACUGCCCAGCAAAAACAAGCGAGCCAUUACCCUCGUCACCAGUCGUGACCUAGAAGCAGGGAAAAUCUUCACCGCCUCCUUUUCCCCUGAUGAACCACUCACAAUUGCUGCUGGUGGCUCGGGUGGGGAAGUUAAAGUGUGGGAUGCAUUGGCUGCAAAGGGCGUAGCGGGUGUGUUUGGUGCUAGAAUUCGAGAGUGGGCAAAGCGUACUGGAGAAAAGGAGAGGGCGAUUAGGGAGGGUGAAGAUCGACUUGUGGAGGUGGAGCCGGAUGAGGAUGAUGAUGAUGAGGACGAUGAGCAGGAGGAGGGAGGGGCAGUAGCGGGCAUGGAUACCCCUGUCGCUGCUAUGGAGGAGUGAGGAGCUGCAAAAUGAACGCAACCUUAUGUACAUUGAAGACUCCUAAUUCGUGACAGAAGGAUCCUCAGCCCAACCUGGUGGAGGCUCUCAGCCUCUCCACUUGAUCUCUUGACCUGUACAGACUGCCGCAACCAUCGUCGGGAGUGCACGAAGCGACUUGCCUGGCAAUCUCCUUGACCCACCCUCAUCUUCGGCAACGGCAUUGUCGUCCUUGGUAGUCGUGAUCACCUCCCAAAACGAUAGAGGCCGGGAUCUCAACCUGUACCUCGCCACGAGCAGCCCUUGACCCUGCACCUCAUUCUCACUACCCAGAUCCUCAUCCUGU